ACCUGGAGUCAGGCCACCCUGAGUUGGAAGAUGUAGAGCUUCAGGAGAUUAUAAAAAAAGUAAAAAAACAGGUGACCAUGGAUGCCUUGAGGGCCCUCAGGGCUACUGACCCCAGCCCUCCUCUGGUCUCAGGCCUGGACCUCGGACAGGAUGACACUCAGCCAGGAACUGAGGUGUCCGAGCCAGAUCCUCCCACCUGCUCCAGCUGCUCUAAACUGGCACAAGAAAACAGGAGCCUCUGGAAGCAGCUUUGGAAGAAGGACAAAUGGAUAAAAAAGGCAAAGGCUGAACUCCAUGCAUUCAAAACGGCCUCUAAAAAGGUGAGCGUGGAAGAAUCAGAGCCAGGGCCAUCUGGAGAAGUUGAUCUCCCAGGAGAUGAGCUGUCAUCCUCAUCAUCUGAGGAGCGACCACAGAGAAUGCGAGAAUCUCUUUGGAAGAGAUACAAACAUUUUCCAUCACCCAUCCUUGAAUACAUGGAGCAAUUCUGGGUAUACUUGAAGGGAUCAUUGGGGUCAAAGAAACAUGAUGAAAACCAAAAGUCUAAAUUAGGACGGGUAAUGUCCUUCCUUGAUUUUCUAACUGAGGGAAGGCCAGUACUGCCAAAUUGGACAUUCCUGGACAACGUCAAGAAAUUUAACGAGUGGCCGAAGAAGCUCUUGAGAAAAGGUUUGGCAGAAAACGUGUGUCACAAAGGUCCAUCGUUGCACUUUUAA